AUGACCGAGAAAGAGCUCGAAGAUCGAGCCAAGGAGAAAAAGGCCAAGAAGGUCAAGAAGGUCAAGCUGAACGAGAAAAUGCUUCAGGAAUACAUCACCCUGGAGAAAGCGGUAUUUCGACUGGAGCGCAAGAACGUCAUCAAGAAGUACGAGCAGAAGAUGAUCGCCGCCGAUGAGCUGAAGAAGACGGUCGAUCAAUUGGAAGCUACUUAUAAGGAAUUGAAGAAGCAGACGGAAAAAGAACGGGCAGAUAUGGAAAAUAUCGAGCAGCCGUCGGUGAAGACCUUCUUGAAAUCGCAGAAUAUGUAUGAGAAGCAGGAUCAAAUGUUGACGGAAAUAUUUGGAUCGGAAUAUACGACGGAAAAGGAGAAUCAGCUGGAGGGAGAGCUUGAAGAUUUGGUGGAAUGGCAGCAGAGAGUGAGUUUGGCCAUGUUUAAAUGGACAAACGGAAGGGUUCUUCUCGUGCACGCAAAUACCCAGAUGGCGUUCGGCAUUUCUCGAUGGUCUGAAUUGAAGAAAAUCGAGUCGGCUAACGGCCGGAUGCGCUAUUUCGCGGCCGCCGAGGCCCGCAACAACUUUAUUGCGGCCGGCCAGAACGUGCAGAGUUGUCGUGUGUACUUGGGAAAGGUGCAAUUCCCGUACGCGACGGAGGAUGAGAUGACCGAGAUGGAAAAUACGGUCAACGCCGCCUUCAAGGACGUACAAAAUGAUGGCACUAUUGAUAAGGCCGGUCGUGUUUUCCAAGAAACACAUGUCAAAAUCACGUCACUUAUCCAAUGGUUCGACAAGGUCAUUCACGACACAAUUUGUAAGGAUUUGGAUAAGGCAAAUGAUGAGGUCAUCCGCAAACAACGUCAACUUCGUGAAGAACGGUUGGCGAUUAUGAAAAAAAAGUGCAAAGAAGAGCUGGGCCACGAUAUGAGCUUCGAAUAUGACCAUGUGGCGGACAACGAAUUGGAGAAGGAGCUGCUGGCACUCGAAGAAGAAGCGCUGCGAGACGAACAAUUCGGCCGUACCGACAGUCUAAGCGAACUGCUGAAUCUGUCACAACCGGACGGGCCGGGUGGGGUUCCGCUCAGCAAAUUGGCACCAAUCCCUACCAAGGACGCGUUAUUUGGCGACGUCAAGCAAAAACUAGACGAGUAUGGGACGACGCGGAAGGCAUUCGAAAAGCGCAAUCAAGAAGCCAGGGAGCGGCAAAAGCUUGCUUUGCAGGAGAAGCUGAAGCAACGAGCCCAAAACGGCUCGAGCAGCAACGAUCUGGCGAGUCUGGACGCCCCGCCACCGCCGGCCGCCGAAGCCAAGCCGAAAAAGAAGAAAAAGUCGGUGAAACGGAUCCCGAAAAGAGCCGUUGCGCCCAUCACAGAGGCC